CCUGAGAAAUCAAUAUGGCCUCCGUGCCGUGGUCGGGGCACGCGAGUUGGUAAUAUUUUUCAUAAAUUUUUCAACAAAAACACUAUUGUAUUAAUUUAUAAAAAUUAGUUAGAUUUAUCAAGUAGACAUUAUUGAAGAAACAUACAUUUUUAUUUAAUUAGUUAGGUAGUAAUUUAUCGAGAAGGCUGAAAAUAAAUAGUGAACUGCUGCCGAAGAGCGAUGACUGAAGCCGAUUUAUAUUUUUGUUAUAAAUAAAUAAUAAAAAUGUACGUAUUAAUAAAAUAAAUUUUGUAUUUGUGAUAGGUAAUGUGCGGUGUAAAUUAGUCCGUUGAAGAUGUUGCUUGGCUGACAUUGUUAAAAAACUAAAAAAUGUCCGAAGAAAAAGAUAUGAGUAAGGAGGGUUGUCCGGAAGAAGAGCUUGAGGAUGAUGAUAUGGCGACUAUAAAUGCUGUAGGUGAUAAAGUUAGUAUACAAAAAAUAUUAGAAGGCAUGACCAAUGAGUUUAAUCGAAGUAUUCAUAACAAUUCAGCUGCUAAGAGUAUUGAGGAACAGCAACAAGACGAUACUAGUUCUAAGAUCGGUACUGAUGCUGAGUAUUUAGAUGAAGAGGAUAUUAAUAAUGAUAAUGACGAUGAUAAUGAUCAAAGUAAUGAUAUUGCUCUAGACAAAGAGUCUGAGUCGGUGGAUAUUAAUAGUAUUAACGCUGAAGAUCAUCAGCAGAUUGAUGAAGAUCGGCAAGAACAAGAAGAAGAACAAGAAGAACAUGAAGCUGAUGUUGAAGCUGAAGCUGAACCUGAAGCUGAACCUGAACCUGAACCUGAAGCUGAAGAAGAAGAAGAAGAAGAAGAAGAAGAAGAAGAAGAAGAAGAAGAAGAGGAAGAAGUGGGACUGGUUGAGAGCCUUGAAGAUCCGGAAAUUAUUGAGUUGCCUCGAGCUGAAACCAAAAAGGAUAACAUUCCAAGAAUUGUUUUGACCUUUAGGACGAUUGAUGAGACGACCAAUGACGGCAGGAAGACUAAAAUAUCUAGUUGCGCUUCUAAUUUAAGCUUAGUACCGGAUGAACUUAGUAAUUGUGAUCAAAUUGGCGGCGUCUCGGUUAAGAUUGAACAUUCAGAUGAUCAUUCUGAUGUUGUUGAAAAGUCAGAUGUUGAAGAGAACAAUGAUGAACAUGACGAAGAGGUCAAGUCGGAUUGCAAUGACAAAGAUCAAGAGCAAGAGCAGCAAGCCGAGGUGAUUAAUUAUGAUAAUUUAGUUGAUGCUGUCGUUGAAAAUGAAGAAACUGAAGUUCAAGCUGAAGAGCUAGCAGAGAAGCCCGCUGAAGUUAAUUCAGUUGAUGACACUGUGAGAAGUGAUCCUUCAAUUGAAGGAUUACUUGAAGGAGAAAUAGCUUCAAUUGAAUCUGCAGCGGUAGUUGAUCAAGAGAAGAAAGACCAAGAAGACCAAGAAGGAUCUAAUGUUGCUACUGGUGAUAAUCAGGCACCCUCGACGAGAAAACGGAGGAGAAGGACGAGAUUUAGAGCUUUUAGUGACUCGACUGAAGAAACACCUAGUCUAAAACGAUCCGCGCGCCGACUUUGUAAGGAAUCUGGCAAGAGUACGGUUUUAGAAAGUGCCAUGGCGAUUAAAGAAAAGUCUUAUUCUACCGAGGAGAAUAAAAAACGAAAAUACACUAAGCCAGGUCGGCCUAGACGGGCUAAUGUUAAGGAAGUUAAAGUUGUUAACUCUUAUACUGAGCACAAUAAUUAUUCUGACAAUUCUAUUAAUGAUUCUAAAGUCUCCAGUCCGGGAGAUAGUACUGCCAAUGAUGCAUCGUUAAUUGAAGAUCCACAAAAUUCGUCAGUUGAGUAUGAGGGUAUGCCUAAACUGUCGCCUAUGGUUAAAGAUUCGCCGGCAAAGAUCGAAACUGUUGACGAUACCUCGGCUUCGGAUGUUGAUAAACCGUUUUUGAAACCUGCUGGGAGAAAGAAGGACCGUGGAAGGCCUAGGAAUAAUAGCUAUGUUAGGAAAAUUAUUAAAAAUGAUUCUUUUGAAGAUGGAUCUUCAGUUGCAGAAGCUGGAAAAAAUAAUGACUAUCCAGAAGAAUAUCACGUCCCAAUGAAAAGAACUCGCAGAACUAUGGUGCCAAGUCCCAGUCCAGCUGAGGGACAAGCAUCAAAACCAGAAUCAUCAGCAGUAUUUAGUGAGACUUAUGAACAAUCGAUGAUAUGUUUGUGUCAAGUGAGAUCGCAGCUAUACGUAACGAUAACAGGAUCAGGAACGCCGCUAUUUUGUACAGCGAUAGAUUCAAUAGACAACAGAUUAAUAGGAUGUUGUAAUGAAGUAGAUGGCAAUGACGUAGCAAUGAGACGGCCGAGUACACGAGUACCAUUCAUUAUUUUAUGCUGUGCUCAUAAAGAACGUUUAUUACGUCACAAUUGCUGUCCGUCGUGUGGUUUAUUUUGUACUCAAGGUAAAUUUGUACAAUGUAUAAACGGACAUCAAUUUCAUCGUGACUGCGAAGUUUACGUCAACAAAAAACCUGUUUGUCCUCACUGUGCCAAUGAGACGUCUAAUGUCGACGUUUUGAUAACUAUGACAGGAUCUCGUAAGCCUGUUUAUAUUCCAACAAGGAGAAAAUUUUCAAAACUUCCCUCUGCGAAGAUGAGUUUGCCUGGUAAGGGUGAUAACACUAAACUCGCGGAAAGACCACCGAGUCCUUUGGUCAAGCCGGAGGAUAUUAAGAUACCUGAAGUCACUGUGAAUACCAACGAACGUUCAGAGCGAUUUACUAUAAUAAGUCUUUAUACUUCUGUUAAAAAUGGCGAUUUAGAUAAAUUAGUCAAUGUUUUAGCUUGUGGUUAUAAUGCUAAUCACCCAUUUCGUGAGUACUCACAUCGUACAGCGCUUCAUAUAGCUGCCGACCGCGGUCACUUGGGAUGUGUUCAUGCGCUGGUUCAAGCUGGUGCUCAAUUAGAUGUUAUGGAUAAGAAUCAAUUGACACCUUUGAUGCUAGCCGCAAUGGAAGGAAAGACUGAAAUUGUACGUUAUUUAGUACGUGUUGGUGCUGACGUUACGCUUAAAGGAGAAGAUGGUAUGACUGCUUUACAUAUGGCCGCUAAGUCUGGACAUCUUGAGUCCUGUAAGAUUAUUUUGUCUGAAUGUAAAGUGCCUAGGACUUUAGUAGAUUCUGUUGAUGAUGGUGGAUGGACGAGUUUAAUUUGGGCUUGUGAAUUCUGUCAUACAGACGUAGCACGAUUUUUAAUAGAGAAAAAAUGUGAUCCUUUGAUAAGAGACGCCGAACAAAAUAUAGCCUUGCACUGGAGUGCUUAUAGCGGUAGUUCUGAGAUUACAGAGAUGUUAUUGAACGAAGAGUGCGAUGUCAAUGCUGUUAAUGUUCACGGUGACACGCCGUUACAUAUAGCAGCACGACAGGACCAGUAUGCUGUUAGCGUUUUGUUGUUAGCACGCGGUGCCAAAGUAUCAGAAGUUAAUGCUGCUGGAGAGACGGCUAUAAAUUGCUGCACGACUGAUGGUGAUACUAUGGCAGCGUUGAGAUUAAAUGCCAAAGUUAUUGAAUUGUCGGAGAAUAUGUGGGAAAAAACAACAAGAAUUCUUACUAAUGAUAUUUCUCGUGGUAAAGAAUCAAAUCCUAUACAGUGUGUUAAUGGGUUUGAUUCAGAGGAUAAGCCAACAGAUUUUUUGUAUGUGGUGGAAAAUUGUUUUACAAGUAAUAUUAAUGUUGACAGAACAAUAACUUCGUUGCAGUCCUGUCACUGCGAAGAUAAUUGUAGCUCGGAAAAAUGUCUUUGUGGUAAUAUUAGUUUAAGAUGUUGGUAUGAUGAAGAAGGAAAACUAAUUCCGGAGUUUAAUUAUGCUGAUCCACCAAUGUUAUUUGAGUGUAAUCAAGCCUGUGCUUGCAAUAGAAUAACGUGCAAUAAUCGUGUAGUUCAACAUGGAUUGACUCAGCGAUUCCAACUAUUUAGAACGAAAGGGAAAGGAUGGGGUCUAAGAAGUUUGCGCCAUAUACCUAAGGGUAGUUACGUCUGUGAAUAUGUCGGGGAAAUAAUAUCUGAUUCCGAAGCUGAUCAUCGUGAAGAUGAUUCUUACCUUUUUGAUUUGGAUAAUCGAGAUGGAGAGACUUAUUGUAUUGAUGCAAGGCGAUAUGGUAAUCUAGCACGUUUUAUAAAUCAUUCAUGUGCUCCUAACUUACUUCCAGUACGUGUUUUCGUUGAGCAUCAGGAUUUACAUUUUCCUAGGAUAGCGUUUUUCGCAAAUCGUAAUAUUGAAGCUGACGAAGAACUCGGAUUCGAUUAUGGAGAAAAGUUUUGGAUAAUAAAAUAUAAAUCAUUCACAUGUACAUGUGGUGCAUUAAGUUGUCGAUACUCGGAGAAAACAAUCCAAGUGACGUUAGAUAAUUACAGAAAAAAAAUCCAACAAGAAGAGAUAUUAGCUGGCCAAUUAAAUUAAAUAUAUAUUAAAACUAAAUAAUAUAUUUUAUUUUAUUUAUUUAUAUUUGAUCGCGUCGAUCUCAACGAAUAGAUUUUUUAUUGACUAUUAUAAUAGUAAUUAUUUACGAAAUAAUAUUAUUUAGAUAAAUCCGAAGCAGGUACAAAGAAUCAAAGAAUUUGUUGAGUCGUAUAUUUAUUAAAUAUAUUUAUCAUGUCAUAUUGAUGCAGCUUAUUGGUUGCAAUUAUUAUUUUUUAAUCAAUGAACAAUUUACUGAAUUUUAUUUAAUUAUGGUUUGACAAAUUAAAAGUUGGUAAUGCAUUUGUUUUAGUUUUAAAAUAUUUAAAAGAUAGAAAAAUAUUCAAUUGAAAUUAUAGAUGUUAAUUUACUUAACUGACUGAAAAAAUAGAUAAAAGUCAAUCAUUUAAGGAGUAAUUGAUAGCGCUGUCUUGCAUUUAAAAUGUCAUUUUUUUUGUUUAAGAGUUUACUCUUAAUUAUGCUCUUAAUUUUAAAAAAAUAGAACUUAUUUAUAUUUAUUCAGAUAUCUAAAAUUUGAUUGUUUGAAAAAAAAGUUAUGUUGUUUUAAUUUAUAAACGUUUAAAGUUGGAAAUAUAAUAGUUUAGGGCUCUAAUAAAUCAGAUUUCGUCCUGUUAAAAAAAAAAUCAAAGUUGUCAUCACUCUGUUUGCUCAUUUGUCGCUAUUGUUAAUUAUGUAAUUACAAUAACAAUAACUAUAACUGUGUAUGUAAAGUGUUCUUUAAUAAUCAACUUUUGUACAAAAUAAAUAAUUUAAAAUGAAUUUUUUUGUAUCAAAUAAAAUGGGUAUUUAUUUA